AUGGCAGAGACUUCUAACCAGGUCGCCGUUGCGAACGGCCACGAAGAUGAGGACAACAAUGAUCAUCUUAUCCAGUCCUCGGAUCCCCAACAUCCAGCAAACCUGAUCCCAGAGAUGUGCCGAAAGUUCUACACUUGGGGAUGGGUUACAGGUACUGGUGGCGGGACGUCAAUCCGCCAUGGAGAUCACAUUUUCAUUGCCCCGUCCGGCGUGCAAAAGGAGCUCAUACAGCCUGAGAAUAUGUUUGUGAUGCAAUUUCCAACUCCCAAAUACCCGCCCUCCGAGAGGAAAUAUAUUCGCAAACCAAAGAACCUAAAGCCAUCCGACUGUACGCCAUUGUUUCUUACUGCCUUCGAGCGCGGGGCCGGAUGCUGUAUCCAUACACACUCCCAAUGGGCUGUGCUCGUGACAUUGUUGGUGGAGCGGGAGUACGGAAGAGAGGGCUACUUCGAGAUAAGCAAUAUCGAGCAGAUCAAGGGAAUUCCUAAAGGGAAAGGAAAGGGAAUGCACAACUAUCACGACACGCUCCGGAUCCCCAUUAUUGAAAACACCCCUUUUGAGGAGGACCUUACCGAAGGACUCGAAAGAGCCAUCAACGCCAACCCAGAUACAUAUGCGGUGUUGGUUCGUCGUCACGGAAUUUAUGUUUGGGGUGAUACUCCCGCCAAGGCGAAGACCCAGUGCGAGAGUCUGGACUGGCUCUUCCAACUUGCUGUGGAAAUGCACAAACUCGGACUUCCAUGGGAUAUCAACAAGGCAAAAUAG